CUUUAGCCAAUGAAAUUGUGUCUCUCUGGGACGUCGAGUACGGUGGCGGUAAUGUUAUGGAGUUUCCUCUGCUUCAUCUUCAUCGUUGAAAAACACACAGCUAGCUAGCAAAGGCCUCGCAGUAGCGAACUGUUCACACGAAGAGAGUGUUUUGGGCAUCAACGUACAUUGAAAAGACGACGAACAUCCAUUUGCUCUGCAUGAGAUCAUUUAAAACCAUUGAAAUAUGGUGGUUCUCAAAAUACGAGACCAGCCUGCUCUGCUGAAAGCCAUCUUCAAUGUGGACCCAGAUGAAGUGCGCUCUCUCAUAUUUAAGAAGGAAGAUGUAAAUGUUCAGGACAAUGAGAAGCGGACCCCUCUGCACGCAGCAGCCUAUCUUGGAGAUGCAGAAAUCAUAGAGCUGCUGAUUCUGUCUGGAGCCCGUGUAAAUGCCAAAGACAACAAGUGGCUCACCCCUCUCCACCGGGCGGUGGCGUCGUGCAGCGAGGAGGCGGUCCAGGUGCUGCUGAAACACUCGGCGGACGUCAACGCCCGGGACAAGAACUGGCAGACGCCGCUCCACAUCGCCGCCGCCAACAAGGCCGUCCGCUGCGCCGAGGCCCUGGUGCCCCUGCUCAGCAACGUCAACGUGUCGGACCGGGCCGGGCGCACCCCGCUGCACCACGCCGCCUUCAGCGGUCACCUGGAGAUGGUCAGGAUCCUGCUGUCCCGAGGAGCCAACAUCAACGCGUUCGACAAGAAGGACCGCCGUGCGAUCCACUGGGCUGCCUACAUGGGGCACAUCGAGGUGGUGAAGCUACUGGCGUCCCACGGCGCCGAGGUGGCCUGUAAGGAUAAGAAGGCCUACACGCCCCUGCACGCCGCCGCGUCCAGCGGGAUGAUCAGCGUGGUGAAAUACCUCCUGGACCUGGGCUCCGACAUCAACGAGCCCAACGCCUAUGGCAACACCCCUCUGCACGUGGCGUGCUACAACGGGCAGGACGUGGUGGUGAACGAGCUGAUCGAGUGCGGCGCCAACGUCAACCAGGUGAACGAGAAGGGCUUCGCCCCGCUCCACUUCACCGCCGCCUCGCGCCACGGGGCGCUGUGCCUGGAGCUGCUGGUGGGCAACGGCGCCGACGUCAACAUCAAAAGUAAAGACGGAAAGACCCCCCUCCACAUGACGGCCAUCCACGGGCGCUUCUCCCGCUCCCAAGCGGUCAUCCAGAACGGCGCCGAGAUCGACUGCGAAGACAAGAACGGAAACACGCCGCUGCACAUCGCCGCUCGCUACGGCCACGAGCUGCUCAUCAACACCCUCAUCACCAACGGAGCCGACACGGCAAAACGAGGAGUCCACGGAAUGUUCCCCCUGCACCUGGCUGCCCUCAGUGGAUUCUCCGACUGCUGCCGGAAGCUUCUCUCUUCAGGCUUUGAUAUAGACACUCCUGACGACUUUGGAAGGACCUGUUUACAUGCUGCAGCAGCUGGAGGGAACCUGGAAUGUCUGAAUUUGCUGCUCAACACCGGGGCAGACUUCAACAGAAAAGACAGCUUUGGAAGGACCCCACUGCACUACGCUGCCGCUAACUGUAACUACCAGUGCCUGUUUGCCCUGGUGGGCUCCGGGGCCAGCGUCAACGACCUGGACGAGAGGGGAUGCUCGCCGCUCCACUACGCCGCUGCCUCGGACACAGACGGAAAGUGCCUGGAAUACCUGCUGCGAAACGAUGCAAACCCUGGGAUCCGGGACAGUCAGGGCUACAACGCCGUCCAUUACGCCUCGGCGUACGGACACCGCCUCUGCCUGGAGCUGAUCGCGAGUGAAACGCCUCUGGAUGUGCUAAUGGAAACGUCGGGGACAGAUAUCCUGAAUGACUCUGACGUCCGAGCCCCUAUUAGCCCGCUGCACCUAGCUGCGUACCACGGCCACCACCACGCUAUGGAGGUGCUGGUGCAGUCGCUGCUGGACCUGGACGUGAGGAACGGCCAGGGGCGCACGCCUCUGGACCUGGCCGCCUUCAAGGGCCACGUCGAGUGCGUGGACGUCCUCAUCAACCAGGGGGCCUCCAUCCUUGUGAAGGACUUCACCCUGAAGAGGACCCCCAUCCAUGCUGCAGCCACCAACGGCCACUCUGAGUGUUUACGCCUGCUGAUCGGAAACGCCGACCACCAGAGCGCCGUGGACAUCCAGGAUGGCAACGGACAAACCCCUCUAAUGCUGGCGGUGCUGAGUGGGCACACUGACUGCGUGUACUCGCUGCUCAAUAAGGGAGCCAACGUCGAAGCCAAAGACAAGUGGGGGAGGACCGCUCUGCACAGGGGGGCGGUGACGGGCCACGAGGAGUGCGUGGAGGCCCUGCUGCAGCACAGCGCCAGCUUCCUGAUGCGGGACUGUAAGGGGCGCACCCCUGUCCACCUGGCGGCCGCCUGCGGCCACAUCGGGGUGCUGGGUGGGCUCCUGCACGCCGCCCAGAGCGUGGAGACCCUCCCCGUCAUCACCGACAACCAGGGCUACACGCCUCUGCACUGGGCCUGCUACAACGGCCACGACACGUGUGUGGAGGUGCUGCUGGAGCAGGAGAUAUUCCAGAAGACGGAGGGCAACACAUUCAGUCCCCUCCACUGUGCCGUGAUUAAUGACAAUGAAGGAGCAGCCGAGAUGCUAAUUGACACUCUGGGUCCUGCCAUUGUCAACUCUGCCGACACAAAAAAAAGGACCCCCCUGCAUGCGGCCGCCUUCACCGACCACGUGGAGUGUCUCCAGCUGCUGCUGAGCCACAACGCCCAAGUCAACAGCGUUGACGCGUCGGGCAAGACCCCGCUCAUGAUGGCCGCCGAGAACGGCCAGACCAACGCCGUCGAGGUGUUGGUAAGCAGUGCAAAAGCAGACCUCACCCUGCAGGAUGCCGUCAAGAACACUGCCUUGCACCUCGCCUGCAGUAAGGGGCAUGAAACCAGUGCCUUGUUGAUAUUGGAGAAGAUCUCCGACAGGAACCUCAUCAACUCGACGAACGCAGCCUUACAGACGCCCUUGCAUGUGGCAGCUCGAAAUGGUUUGACUGUGGUCGUGCAGGAGCUGCUAGCUAAGGGUGCCAGCGUGCUGGCUGUGGAUGAGAAUGGUUACACCCCUGCCUUGGCUUGCGCCCCCAACAAAGACGUGGCUGACUGCCUGGCCCUCAUCCUGGCCACCAUGAUGCCCGUGUCCCCCUGCACCCCAACGCCCAGCCUGCCCUUCAGUGCCAUUAACCACUACACCACCACCAGCCCCUCUAAGAGCGUGACAUUCGACAGCCUGCCCGUGCUCCGCGCCGACCACAGCUCCUACUGCAGCUUCAACAACAUCGGCCGCCACGACGGCUUCUACAAGGACGAGGAGCUCAAUGACUCCGACUCUGAAACGUACUGACGACGGGGCGGCACCGUGGGAAGAGGCCCACACGCGCGCACUCUCACACGCAUACAAACACACACACACACACGCCGUGUCUUAAAUCACCACAGCCAGCUUGGGAAGGCAGAGGAGGUGAGAAGCUGCACAGGAGCCUUAAAGAGACCCAGAUGGACGGAGGGAGGGAGGAGCUGCAUCAGGCUGGCCCAUACUCAUCCUGACCUCAUCCAACCCCAGGUGCCCUUCCAGCAGGUACUAGAUCUGAGUAACUGCUGCUUUACGAGCCUGCUAGGUCUUCAACAGGAGAAGUGGUGUGGUGUGGGGAGGGGGCAAGCAACAAUCUUAUACGGCAAUAACAUGUAGUGGAAGGAUAGUAGCACUUCACCGAGUACUAAAGAGACAGGGACCAAAAGAUUCAGAAGCAUUGUAAACCUAAUUUGACUAGACAGUGGAUCAAGCAUUUUUGGUUAAUCUGAAAACGAUAUCUAUGUUUCAUAAUUCCGAUUUUAGUGGGGAGUUCUAACUGAAGUUUUCGCACACGAAGAACACACUAAGACUCAGUCUGUAAUACAAGUGGGGGGGGGGGAUCAUUUAUUUUUUAAGAACAACAUUUUAAUAGACUCAUGUCUUAAACUCCUUAGACUGGAGAGUUAAAAAAUAAAUAAAUAAAAGAUCAUAGUAUUUGCUGAUAUGAGUAGUUUAAACAGAUUUUGAGUGUGUGCAGCAGGUCUUUUUAAGUUGAUGAACGUGACAUUUGUAAACUGUCCAUUGCCACCUAGUCUUUUAGAAAUAAGUUAUUCAUGUAUUCUUUUCUGUUCUAUUUAUGUCAUUCAUUUUGUGCCUUCAUUAGUGACUGAGACGACAAGUGUAGGGGCAGCUCUAAGACUAGAACAAUGAUGCACACUACAGUAAGUACUACAACAUUGUGAAAAGCACUGAUACUAUAUUAAGAAAUAUAAGGCUACGCUUGCCUUACUUUGAGAGGAGAAACACUGUAAACCAAUGGUAGGACAGCUUUUGAUUUUCAUUAGUUGGAAAAAAACUCAUUUUCUUUUGAUCAUAUAUUAAUCAAUGUAUCUUGACAGGUUUUGCUUGCUUUAACUUCGGAAAAUGAAACCACUCAAUCCUUUGUGAUUGCCUCUUUAAAAACGGCUCUUCUUGGUCUCUAAAGAUUGUUUGAACUGGAAAUAUGUACAAUAUGGCCAGCUUUGUCAAAAAUACAACAAGAGGUUGCUCGAACCUUUUUUUUUUUCCAUUUAGAAGGAUGAAACUAGCAUGUACAUAUGAAAUUGUAACUGUGAAUUCGAUACAUCCAUGAAUUCUUUCUGUACCUGAGAUUGCUGUAUAUUUUAUGAGUAAUAAAAUAAAGAAAUGAGUUAUUUAAUACUGAA